UGCAUAAUGCAGUUAUAAGAAAGGCUUCUAUGUACAUGAAAUAUGAACCUGUUAAGUGAAAAUAGUUGUCUUCUUCUAAAGUUAAUAAAAAAGAAUCAUAACAACUUAUUCAAAAAGGGAGCAAAUUCUAUGUUGAGUCAACAAAUGGAUGGUUCAAUCUUAAAGUUUUAGUCAAACUUGCCUUACAAAGAUUGAACUCUAAACUUGAUUUUGCAAAAUAAGAGCAUACAAGGAAGUUGUCGGUGGAAAAGUGAGAGGAAGUGAAUCUUUAUAAGUUAAAAUUUAGAUGCACUAAAAAUAUUACAAUAUCAAAAGACGAGAAGUUAUUGAAAGAAGCAAAGAAAGUGCUACGGAGGAGCGAUUAAGUCCCAAAAAUUGGAAGGUUUGAGAUGACGUUGUUAGUGACCUUGCCGCAAUCUGCGAUUUCAUAGUUAUUCUCAAGGGCACGUGCCUAUGUGAAUUCGGGCUAUCUUGUAGGAAGACUGUAGCAGAUUCAACUGCACCAAUUCAGGAGAAGGCUCUUGAUGUCUUCAUUUGUCACUUAAAAUGUUGAUGCUGAGGCUGGGAGGUAUACUUCAUUUUAGUUUUAUUUUGUUUCAUUUGAAGAAGUAGCAGAUAUGUGAAAGAAGUAUGUGAUGCAACAGUGGCUAAAUGCAUGAUCGGGAGGCCAAAGACAGAUUAUUCUCAAUUGUUGUUUCCUGUAUUUGAUGUUUUCGUCCAAAGUUAUAACCUUCGGCUAAUGGCUGCAGUUUAAUAGGAUGGGUUUGACUGAUUUAGUGGGUGUUCUAGCCAAUUGCUAAGUACUACUGAGGAUCUAACUAAGUAAUUGUAGUCUGUAAUUCAGAUUCUUCGUUUUUGUUUUUAUUGAAAUGGUUGGCUAAAUCCUCAAUUUUGUUCCUAGAAAAAUCGUUGCUAUAUUUUGUUUUUUUUUAUUGUAGCUUUUCUUGUGCGUAUAUUAUCUGCCAUGGAGUCUAGAAGCUUUUUGAGGGAACUGAAAUCACUCGACAAAAUUUUGUUGAUGGGGGGUGGAUGUCAAUUUCCUUUAAAAGGGUACGGGUUGGUAUCUAAUGUUUGUACCUAGCAGCGUGGGUGCUUGUGUUUUCCACUUGGAAAACUGGAAAAUGCAAUUUCUUCGGAUACUGUGAUUCUAACGUGUGUUGAUAUUGUGAUUCUAAUAUAUUGAUGAAUGCUACUCUAUGGUGUUGAGUUAAAUAAUGGGACUUCCUCGAAGAACUUAGUGUUACCCAAAUUCCUAAGGAAGUGAUCUUCGUCACUUUGCUCUCUAUUACCCAUCCUCAUGUUCAAUUUACACAAUCGAUUUAACUUAAAAGCAGUGGAAGUUGCAAUAGCUAUGUCUAUGAUAAGUUGGAUAUUGAUGUAGGGGUUUCUAUAAAUUCCUAUUUAGGCCCUAGGAAGAAGAUGUGGUGGUAGCAUGGUCGCAGGUUUCUAAGAAAUGUUUGUGUGAAAGGCGAUGCUCUUUUUUAGUUAGUAAUGAGUGAGUUAAUUUUAUUGGCGUGUUCAUUUGACCUUCAUAACCCCGUAACGAUAAGACACCUGAUUUUGGAUUGAAAAAUUCAGAGUUAUGGUAGAUCUUACCAUUUUAGUUAGUGAAACAACAUUCUCUUUGUUUGAAAGUGUUUAAUACAGCCUUGUUUGUCAUUAUAUGUUAUGAACCUGUAUUGUUGUAGGUAGUUCCAACGUAAUUAUGAGCAAACGUCUACCUUAUAUUGUGCUUUAGUUUUUAGUUCUCACUUCUCUGUAGUAUAUAUGAAAUCACUGAGACUUUAUUUCCUUUUAACUUAUCAUAAAUAACUUAUUAUCUACUCUAAGCACAUAUAUUGCUUGGUGGUAAAAGCGUUCUUCUUUGGUAAUUGUCAUAUGAAAAUUAGUUAACUCUAAAGUGCUAUUCGGGUAUUCUUUUGGUCAUCAUCAAUAAACUAAAGCUGACUUCUAAGUAAAUAAUAAGUUCAGCAGAAAAAAAGUUGAUCAUUUGCUGAAACUCUCAUUUAUUGUGCUUAUAAGCACACUAAAAUGAAUAAAUUAAAUAGGAUUCUGCUAGGUUCUUCAUUAUAACUUCUCUGUGUUUAUGACGUUAAGAAACCUAUAUGUUUUCUUGAAAAGAACAUAUGCAUGCCAUUAUAAUGAAAGAGUUGAUACUAAAGUAAAAGGUCAAAACUCUUAAUCUUACUGAAUUAGGUGAAGAUUACAUAUCAUGUUUGGAAGAGUUUAUAGUAAGGUAUGAAUUACAAGCAUAUUUCCUUUUUAAUUAUAGAUAGUCAAAGAGUAUUUGGUUAGAAUACAUUAACUGUAAGGUAUUUUAGAAAUACUCAUUACGGAUAUACUGGAAGAAGUAAGCUCCUUGUUAUUUUUAACCGUCGACCUUAACACAUUCAAUGAUUCAAAUGUGUGUGUAAGAUUUCUAAAAGGUUUUUAAUUUUUCGUUUCAAAUAUAAACUCAUUAAAUUUCAAAGUAAGAUCAUAUUUUGUCAAGAUUUUUCACGUGAGAGAGAGGGAGCGAGAGAAGUAAUAGGUUAUUUUUCUUUGGAACUGUAUUAGAACAGUUCACGAUUGGUGUCAUGACAUGUGCAGCUUGUGUAAAUUCUGUUGAAGGUAUCCUUAAAAUGUUUCCAGUAGUAAGAAAGGCAGUAGUUGCUUUGGCUACAUCACUAGGCGAGGUUGAAUACGAACCAUCCAUAAUCAGUAAGGACGAUGUAGUGAAUGCAGUUGAAGAUGCUGGUGUUGAAGCUUUCUUAAUACAGAGCUUUAUUCCUCUAACAUACCUCUGCUUUACCCUUUAUUACUUUGGCAGUGUGGUCCCUUCCUAAUGGGUGAUUGGCUAAAGUGGGCUUUAGUGACUAUUGUCCAAUUUGUCAUUGGUAAGCGUUUUUACGUUGCAGCAGGAAGAGCACUUCGAAAUGGUUCCACAAACAUAGAUGUCUUAGUUGUAGUGAGAACAACAUCUUGCUAUGUUUACUCUGUACAUGCACUACUUUAUGGUGCAAAAAGACGUCAGAUGCUAUCAAAAAGUCGUAGAACUGACUCCACUAUAUUGCUUGUCAAAGAUAAAGGUGGAAGAGUCGUAAGUCAAAUAGAAAUAGAUGCUUUGUUGACUCUACCUGGUGAUGUACUCAAAGUGCUUCCUGGUGCAAAAGUUCCGGUGGGUGGCGUGGUUUCAGAUCAUGUUAACAAGAGUAUGGUCACUGGAGAAUCUGUUCAAAGAGGUGAAUUCAGUAGUCAUUGGUGGUACAAUCAGUUUACAUGGUUCGCUCACAUACAGGCUACAAAUAACACAGUCUUGAGUCAGAUUAUAUCUCCCGCUGGGCGCUGGUUCAGAUGUCAAAAGCUCCUAUUUAUGUGAGUAUUAUUUGGCAUGUCUUUUGUCAAAGUAGUGUCAUGGCUCUUGCAAAGUAACUGUUUCAGCGGUGUACAACUUUAUUAUAUUUGCUUGCUCUAGGACUAAUUACCGACGGCCUUGGAAAAGCAUCUAUAUAUAUAUAUAAAGGAGGGAAUGAAAAAGAUACUUGGCACCUCUCUUAGACUAGGAUUGUCAUUUAUCUUUUUUCUCCUUUUUUGGCAAUUUUUCUUUAUUCAUCU